AUGACGUGCAUGAAAUAUGUGAAGGGUGCCGAUCAAGCCAAGGAGCCAAAACCAGGUGACUUGAUAGAAAUCGACCGUGUUCUCUAUAAGCACUGGGCUGUGUACAUCGGUGAUGGGUACGUUGUUCACUUGUCAGGCCCUGAUGGUUCUGGAGGUGCAUUAACCUCAUCAGGAGGUUCUGUGAGGGCCAGAAUAACGAAAGACAAACUCAGCACUGUGGUGAAUGGAAGUGAUUACAAGGUGAAUAACUUACACGACCACAAGUGGAAACACAGGCCAACUGAGGAGAUUGUGAAAGAAGCCCUCUCACAUCUGAAUGAAAACGUGGACUACAGUGUUUGGAAGUGUAACUGUGAGCAUUUCGCCACCUGGUGCCGUUAUGGUGAACCCAAGUCUCUUCAGGGGGACAGUUUUGGACGAUAG